CCGACCCGGAAGCAGAGCGGGCGCGCGCCCGGGCCACCUACGGUCGGGAGAGCCGUGCCCAGGUCGCCUCCCCUGCUGUAGUUUCGUGAGAGCCAAUUAAAGGCUACUUGAUUCUUACAACUGCUCCAGCUUUGGGAUACAAGAUGAAGCAGGAUGCUACGAGAAAUGCUGCGUACACGGUGGAUUGUGAAGAUUAUGUGCAUGUGGUAGAAUUUAAUCCCUUUGAGAGUGGAGAUUCGGGAAACCUGAUUGCGUAUGGCGGCAGUAAUUAUGUGGUUGUUGGCAUGUGUACGUUUCAGGAGGAAGAAACAGACAUUGAAGGGAUUCAGUAUAAAACACUACGAACAUUUCACCAUGGAGUCCGAGUUGACGGCAUUGCCUGGAGCCCAGAGACCAAACUUGACUCGCUGCCUCCUGUAAUCAAAUUUUGUACUUCAGCUGCUGAUAUGAAGAUUAGAUUAUUUACUUCAGAUCUUCAAGAUAAAAAUGAAUAUAAGGUUUUAGAGGGCCACUCAGAUUUCAUUAAUGACUUGGUGUUCCAUCCCAAAGAAGGCCAGGAAAUCGCAAGUGUGAGUGACGACCACACCUGCAGGAUUUGGAACUUGGAAGGAAAGCAGACAGCCCAUUUUCUUCUUCAUUCUCCAGGAAUGAGUGUGUGCUGGCAUCCUGAGGAAGCGUUCAAGCUCAUGGUUGCAGAGAAGAAUGGAACAAUCCGGUUUUAUGAUCUAAUGGCUCAGCAGGCAAUUUUAUCUCUUCAGUCAGAACAGACACCCUUAAUGUCAGCACACUGGUGCUUGAAAAACACCUUCAAAGUUGGUGCUGUUGCAGGAAAUGAUUGGAUUAUUUGGGAUAUCACUCGGUCCAGUUAUCCUCAAGAAACAAGACCUGUUCACAUGGACGGAGCACACUUAUUUAGGUGGUCCGCCAUUAGUGAAAACUUGUUUGCAACCACUGGAUAUCCUGGCAAAAUGGCCAGUCAGUUUCAGAUUCAUCAUUUAGGGCACUCUCAGCCCGUCCUCAUUGGUUCUAUAGCUGUCGGUUCUGGUCUUUCCUGGCAUAGAACACUUCCACUGUGUGCAGUUGGAGGAGACCACAAGCUCUUGUUCUGGGUGACAGAAAUAUGAUUUUCCUCUAUAUUUUUGAUCCUUCACUUUGUAUUUUUAGUAUAUAUUUUGGAAAAAUUCUUAUUUUUAUAUCAAACAUACUGUAAAUCUAGAAAUGCCUCAGUUGUCCUAUCUGAUAAAUAAAAUGAUAAAGACUCCUUGAAAAAUA